AGCUAGCAUGUCCCCCAUGCCCAAGGCGGCCUUCGUAGGCAUGCUCCUCUUCUGCCUGUGCCCCGGGCACCAAACAGUCCUGCGGGCCCAGGCGCUUCAUGUGCCCACGAGGUGCAUGUGCUUGAAGUUCCAAGAGAAGGUUAAUCCCAGAUUCAUAAUGGAUUUCCAGAUCAUUGAGAAGGGAGCCCACUGCCCCCGCCAUGAGAUCAUAUUAACCGUGAGGCUCGAGAGAGGCCCGAGAGAAACAUGUCUCGACUUAUCCAAGAAGCAAGGGAAGGAUCUGCUGCAUUGCUGGAAGAGAAACCUGAAGAACCCCAGGAAGCAGCACCACUGCAUGAGGAGGGGGCAGCGACAGAGGACCAGGGCAAAGCAAUGAGCACGAUGCACAGGUACUGGCAUCUCCAGCCCUGCAGACAAGGGGACCCGACUUUCAAAAGGCUCGCAGUGUGCUUUAUCCUGUGGUCCUUUGGCGCCAGAUGCUUUUUGUUUUCUGCUUGUAUUUCCCAAACCUUGCUGAUCUGUCCCAGAGGCAAGUUGACCCACGGCUCUUCCAUCCCCUGCAUGUUCAUAUGGAUAUGGGCUUCCAUUGCUUUGACUCCGUACUGCUCUGCUUCAUUGGAGACAGGUCGACAGCC